AUGUCUGCCUCCCCGUACAGACCGAUCGACUCUGCGCACGGCGAAAUCCGCCGCCUGGUCCUGCACCCGGCCUCAAAACGCGAUGCGGAAAUCGUCUGCGAGCUGGAGCCUGUGCGCCUCUCUGCCAACCCAGAGUUCGAGGCGCUGUCCUACAGCUGGGGCUCCGUCGGGCAGGCUACCGACAUACGGCUGAGCGGCCACAAGAUGCAGGCCUGGGAGAACUGCGCCGCGGCACUCCGAUGCCUCCGCCUGCCCAAGAAGAAGCGGCUCCUCUGGAUCGACGCCCUCUGCAUCAACCAGGACGACCUGGGCGAGCGCUCGGAGCAGGUCCUGCUGAUGCAGCAGAUCUACAGCCAGGCGCAGCAGGUGUGCGUGUGGCUGGGCGAGCUGACCGAGGGCGGCGCGAUCGGCAUGAUGCAGCUGCAGGACCGCCUGCUCGCCGUCGGCUGGGAGCAGCUCAAGCUGGACAGGAAGUACGGGCGGCCGCUGCUGUCGUUCAAGGAGAACAUCGGCAGCGCCGCGGGCAUCAUGAACAGGUCCAACCUCGUCCAGGAGCAGAUGAACGGCGAGGUGCGCGAGAUCCUCGACAGGCCCUGGUGGCGCCGCACCUGGAUCAUCCAGGAGGCCGUCCUCGCGGGCAGGAUCGUGCUCAUGUGCGGGCCCGAGACGGUGAGCUGGGAGAGCGUCGACGAGCUUAAGAGCAGGCAGUUCUGGACGCAGGCCCGCGUCGAGGUGUUUGGCGUCCCGGCCAACCCCAAGGACUUCUUCCCCGACCAGAUCUACCGCAUCAUAUCCGACUAUCGAGAGAAGUGGCGGAGGUCGCCGACCGAGAUCAACCUGUUUGACGUCAUGUACCGGUUCCGCCUCCUCGAGUGCACGGAUCCGAGGGACAGGAUCUAUGGGUUUCUGGGCAUUGUCCCUUCGGUGGUCAAGCUGGGAAUCGUUCCUGAUUACAGGAGCACGACGAGAAAAGUGUACCUAGACUUUGCGCGGAAGGCUAUCCAGGGCACGAGGACUCUAGAUGUGCUCAACUGCAAGAGGGAGUGGCAAGGAUGUGACACUCAGCCCGACUCCGGCCAGGCAUACAGUGUCAUUGAUCAGUCGCGGUAUUACGACGUCCACGCCCAGAUUGUCGAUGGCCCCGGAAAGAAGCCCAGACGGGGCUGGGCUCGGCUCCCCGAUGGCUGGGAAAGGAUCCCCAGUGGCAAGGUAUCCUUCUUCCAAGACCAUAACACAGGCGAGCUGCACGAGAAGAGCCCGUUAGAGGGACAGCCGCCUCGCCCAGCAGAGUAUCAUACGAAGCAAAGAUUUAUUCCUCCUGGAUGGUCUAGAAAAUGGAACAAUGUCGGACGUGCUGUGGUCGCAUAUGGAGUUGAAGAGACGCAGAGGGAGGCCGAAAUCAGGCAGAAGACCGCCGAGCUGCGUCGGGAAAUGGCCCAGAUGCCGUCGUGGGUUCCGAUCUGGGCCUUCUCCGUCCCGUGGGAUCCUAUGCCAUUGAUCGAUUGGACCCAGGCUACCCGCCAAUACUGGGCGGCCGGGGACACAGUGCCGUACCUGCACUCGACUCCCAACUCCUACAUCCUGUCGUUGGAUGGGAAACUGUGCGACGAGAUCCAGUAUCUGGCUCCGGCCUGGCACCCUGCGCCCGACAAGAUCCCGCCUUCGAGGCAAGGAAUCGACAGCUUGAUAAGCUGGGAGGCGCUCGGAUCUGUCGAGGUCGAGAGCUGUCCCUACGCAGCCGACGGUGGUCGCAAGAACGCUCUUUGGCGAACCAUGAUCGCCGACUUCGCCGGUGAACAGGCCGCACCGGCGGAGGACUGGGCAUUUGUCGAGGCAUGGUACGACCGGGUUGGCUGGGCCAAGGAGCUCCCCAACCUGACCUCUCUGGGGCCAUGGGACAACGGAUUGCAAGAGGGCACAUUGAACUCGGUCGAGAACGACAUGGUGGAGCACUUUUUCACGCUUCGGCCCCUGGCUUUCGAGGGUGUUCGCGAUGCGCUCAAGCAGUCGUUCACGGAACCGCGGCGCAUCAUCAAGUCCUACGGCGAGUACAUGCGGCGUAUCUACAGAGCGUGUGCUCACCGGGCGCUGUUCGUGACCAGGAGGGGAUACAUCGGCCUGGCGCCGUGGAACUCCCGGGAGGGCGACAGGGUGGCGGUGCUCUACGGAGGUGCGACGCCGUAUGUGUUCCGCCAGUCUCCGGUGACUGGGCGGUUUGCGCUGGUGGGCGAGGCGUACGUGUAUGGGAUGAUGGCUGGGGAGGCUCUGGACGGGAAAUUGGCGGACGAGCUCCCCACGAUGGCAAUCCAUCUCGAAUGA